CUUACCUGACAAAGGUACGGCACCACACGUCUGUCACAUCUCUAUUGUAGUUCAUUUCAAUAAUAGGAGAGUUAAUACCUUUUCGGGAAACCCAGGCUUCCUCCCUCGGUCGAGCCGAGAAACAGGAUACAUUCUUGCGAUAUUGCUGACAGUCUUAACACCCCACACGUUGUAAAAAAAAAACGCAGCGGCGCUGAAAAUGAAAGCUGCACUGUGCAGGAAGUAGAGGAAAAGGCAGGCGGACGAGUAUCACACGCGGCUCCGCGGGCUUCGGGAUCGGACUGUAAGAAGCAGCAUCUCCCUGGGACCAGUGCCCUACGUGGGCUGUUCUUUUUGGAAACUGCGACCAACACCCAUUAAUUCUUAGUUUUGAACCAUAUGAUCGCACGAUCCUGGGUGGCAUUACAUCUGGGCGAUAAGAAUCUUGUCCCAGGAAGCGGAUCGGCGGCGGGGGCUCGCCUCGCGCUUGUAGGGCUCCUAGGACCCUGAAUAUAACGCGCUGAAAAUACGAGUGAGACAUACCCAGGUGACAGUCCUGGAGAAGGUUCCAGGGAGGAUCCUGCCAAGGUCAAUGGGCAGAGGACAGAGCCACCUAACCUAAACCACGGUGCCAUCAUGUCUAGUGAGGAUAUGGUUGGCGAGUCCCAGUUUAAGAGGCUGACCACUAUGCUGUCCUCCUUCCGCGAGAAGCUCCAGAGAUCUGCAAGCACUAAUGAGUCAGACCAGGCACCAGUGACAGAUCCUAGCAUAGUGGAGGUCCCUGCCAAGGAACGCUACACUGGACAGUUCUUCUUUGAGUACCUAGUGGUCGUCAAAAUCAAUAAGAAUAAAACAGGAGGAUAUGAGCCACAAAUCAUCUACCAGUUUCCCAAGAAAGACGGGAUGAUGAGAUCCCAGAGGGAGCAGGAAGAGAAGACUCUGAAAGCGAUCACCCUCUUCUGCUUCCCGGAUGGGAUCGAGUGGGCUCCGCUCACAGAGUACCGCAGUGAGACCUUCUCCUUCAUCUUGACCGAAAUGGAUGGUAGCAGAAGAAACGGCUACUGCAGGAGGCUCCUGCCGCUUGGCAGUGGAACACGGUUACCGGAGGCCUUCUGCAUCGUCAGCCGUCUGGCUUGCUUUGGACUUUUCUCCAAGAUCUUUGAUGAGGUGGAGAAGCGGCGGCAGAUCUCCAUGGCGAUGAUCUACCCCUUCAUGCAGAGCCUGAGGGAGGCCCCGGUUCCUGCCCCAGGACACACCGUUAAUAUCAAGAGCUUCAUUCCAGAAUCCGGUACAGAGAUGAUCAAGCUGACACGCCCCCUGGACUCCUGGCUGGAGCAUGUGGACUUCCACACGCUGUUCCACUGCCUGUCAGAUAAGGAGGUGCUCCAGGUGUUUGUCGCCACUGUCCUGGAGCGCCGCAUUAUCUUUGUCGCCGAAGAGCUCAGCACGUUGUCCCAGGUCAUCAAUGCGGUGACGGCGCUGCUGUAUCCCUUCGUUUGGCAGCACACCCUCAUCUCCAUUGUCCCUCAGAUCCUCCUUACUGUAACCAUGGCACCCACCCCCUUCCUAUUGGGGGUGCAGAAGCACAUGCUAAAUGAAAUCAUGGAGGAUGCUGACACCACCAAUCUGCUGGUCGUGGAUUUGUCUGAGGGAGCGGAAAAAAGGCUCUUUGUGAAGGUAGGGGAUGAAUCAUCUAUAUUGCCCCCAAAACUCCAAGAGGAACUCCUGCAGGAAUUAAGCACCAGAAAAGAAAAUUCAAGUCCAGAGGAACUGAAGAAGGUGGUUUCAGAAGCUUUUGUGUCCUUCUUCGUGAAGACAGUUGGUCAUUUUGCCCAGUAUGUCAAGCCACAGGAUGGAAACCAGCCUGCCUCAUUUCACAAGCGGAGCUUUUACAAGGCCAUUGAACCGAAGGCUGUACGGCACUUUGUCAAGAAGUUCCUGCUGACACAGAUGUUCGACCUCUUCAUUCAGGAGGCGGAGCAAAGACAGGGAGCUGCUCAAGGAGGGCAUUUUUGCAGAAAGAUUGUUGAAUACCAAGAAAAGAAGAAAAAAGAAAAGGCAAAGAAACACUAGGAUGGACAUUGUAUCAUACAAACUGUGAACCAAGGCAUAGAAAAAUGUAUGAAUGAGGUACAUGUAGAUAGCCGUGGUUUUUAAAUGUAAUGAAAGUAAAUAAUUCUGUAUUUUGUGUGUUUUUUAUGUGAAACAAUAUGGUUUCAGGUUCAUUUUAAGAUGAGAUUUUGAAUCUUGCUUUUGAGAGAUAAUUUAAUCAAGUGCUGUAAGGGAAAUUAAGGUAAGACUGGUGGUUCAGCAGAUGGCUUGAACAUGUGGAUGGGUGUGAAGCAGAGAAUGUGACAGUACUCUCAUCAGUAGGAUGUUCUGAGAAGUUCCUUCUCAAGGCCUCCUGACACUGGACUUCCUCGCGUACGUGGUAGAGUUGAAAUAAAAUGUUUUACUUCAAA